AUGGAGUUUAGGAUUCCGAAAAAUCUGGAUGACCUCGAGCAGAAUGACGACGAGUCCUCAGGGUGUCUCCACGCCACGGAUGUAGCAGAAGCGGCGAUUGAGCCCAACCUUGUCAGAGAAAUCUCCCGUGAGCUCGGGGAGAAGGACCUCUUUUGUGUGCAGGAGCAAGAGACAUUCAACAAAUUAUACUCGGCUGUCAAGUGCUUUGACCAGCUGGAUUCCUCGUCCAAGGACCUUCUUAUCGACUCCUUGGCGACGAAUCUUAGCUGCCUCGUUCCAUCCAUCGCAUCAUUCCUCGCGUCGUCUUCCGGCAGCUCCUCCACGUCAGCGGCUGACGCUGACGUGUCCACAUCAGGGCCGUCGAUCAGAUCCUACAAGAACUGCAUCAAGAUUUACAGCUACUUCCUCGCGUGUAUCGUCAAGCACGCUGCUCUCGCUAAGGCGACGGAAAAUGCCGACCGCCCUGCUCAAAAGGUAAGGCAUUCUUCCUCGCCCCAGGGGGGUCGCCAGUCGCGGAGGAAGGCGGUGGUGUCGCACUCGUGGGAGUGGCAGCGCCAAAUGCCCAAGGUGCUCAAGGCGCUCGCUACAGCCACAUCCGUUAAGCUCAGCGCUCUCUACCACGGCUCAACGCCAGAAGAGAGCCUUAUGGAAGCUUACUGCAGUCUGGCGUUCACGCUCUUCGACGAUGCCGAAUUGCUCAAAAACGGGGAUGUGCGCGCGCCGCUCGUGCAGAUCGUGGCGCAGUGCGCCGUGAAGCAGGGGUACCUGGUGCAGGUGGUAUCUGGCCUUCUGCAUCUGCUGCAUCACCAGAAGCACUCCCCCGAUAUAGUCACGGACGUGGUGGUGUACGCGGAUGAGCACCUGGGACAGGCGAGACUGGCGGCGGCGGUUCUGCAGGACGUGGGGAGGACAGGGCUGAAGGAGUACAGCCGCGCGAAUAGUGGCGUGCACGAGGUGGCGGAGUUCCUCGUCGGCCUCGCCAACAAGCAGCCUCGCCUGCUCGCCGCGUCCCUGCCGCUGCUAGUGCCGCACCUCGAGCACGGGGAGUCCGCCGUGCUCCGCUGCGCCAUCGUCACCGCCAUCAGCCGCCUUCUUGCGCGCCUUUACUCCGCCGACGCUGGCGCAGCGCCUGGCGGAGCGGGGUCUGCGCCAGGAGACGGGGGUGCGGAGGGGGAAGCAGAGGAGGGGGAUGAGGCUGGAGAGGGCGGAAGGGAUUCCGUGGAGGAGGAAGGCCCCGCGGCGAGGGGCGCGAUGCGCGCGCGGCUGCAGCGGCUGCGGAGCAAGCAGGGGCUGCUGGCGGUGCUGAUGGAGCGCGCGCGCGACCAGUCCGCGCACGUGCGCAGCCGCGUGAUGCAGGCGUGGGCGUGGCUGUGCGGGGAGAAGGCGGUGCCUCUGGGGCACUGGAACGCGGUGGCGGAGCUGGCGGUGGGGCGGCUGGAGGACAAGUCGUCGCUUGUGCGGAAGAACGCGUUGCAGAGAGUGGGUGGGGGGGGUGACUGUCUGCCUCUGGGGCACGGGAACGCGGUGGCGGAGCUGGCGGUGCGGCGGCUGGAGGACAAGUCGUCGCUGGUCAGGAAGAACGCGCUGCAGGUGAAAGAGCAAGGGUUUGGGGUGCUCUUGGGCGAGAUGCUUCACCAGAACCCGUUUGGCCCGAGUUUGCGAGUGGCACCCUUCGAGGUCACGCUGGAGAAGGCGCGUGUGGAGCUGGCAGCCAUGGAGGAGAGCCGCCGGCGCGCCGAGCAGCAGGAGGCCAGGGAGGGAGACGAGGGCGACGGUGAUGGAGAGGGUGAGGGCGAGGGUGAGGGGAUGGAGGGUGCAGGAAAUGAAGGGGCAGGAGCAGCAGUGGAAGUGGGGGAAUCUGAAGGAGGAGUGGGUGAUGAUAGUUGGGUGGACUCCCAGGCCACCCAAGGGGACGGGGAGGGGGAGGGAGAGGGAGGCAAGGCAGGAGGCGCUGAUGGUGGUACUGCAGAGGGGCUUCCAGACGGAGCUGCUGGGGCAAUAGGCGUGGCAGACGCAGCAGGCGUGGCAGGCGCAGCAGGUGCAGCAGGGAAGGCGGUGCUGGGGCGGUCGUUCGGGGUGGAGCAGACGCGCACGCUGGUGGCGUCGCUGAGCGCGGGGCUGCAGUUCUGCCGCCUGCUGGCGGCCGUCACGGGCGCGCUGGCGGGCCUGCUGGGGUCGAGCGCGGUCUCGGACGUGGAGGGCGCGAUCCUGCUGCUCACGGCGCUGCAGCACUUCCGCGUGGAUGGGGCGUGUGAAAGGCUCAAGAAGAUACUGCCGCUGGUCUUUUCUCACGACCCAGCAGUGCGAGCAGCAGUGGAGGCGGCAGUGCUGGAGCUGCACGUGAAGGGGCGAGCCUCACCCUUUUUCUUCCUUCCUUCCCCAUCCCCAUUACAGGUAUUCUCCCACGACCCAGCAGUGCGAGCAGCAGUGGAGGCGGCAGUGCUGGAGCUGCACGUGAAGGGGCGGUCAGCGCAGCAGGCAGCGCGCAGCCUCGUGGCUCUCACGCACGGCGCCUCCUCUGGCGACCUGGCGGCGCUGGAGGUGCUGGUGGGCACGUUCGUGCACAACGGAGACGUUACCAUGCAAAUGGAAUUCUUCUGGCGAUCUGGCGGCACUGGAAGUGCUGGUGGGCACGUUCGUGCACAACGGAGACGUCACCAUGCAGAUGUCAUCCCUGCCCUCCGUUUCCAAAACCCUUGGAUACUUCUCUCUUUCCUCCUCUCUCCCUUCACCCAUUCUCUCCACCAGGUGGCCAUCCUGUGGGACAUAUUCACUUUCAACCUUCCCGGAGCCACGUCAGCAGAGAGCACAGGCGCGCUCAUCCUCCUCUCCAUGGCAGCGAAAACCCGCCCAGAAAUUCUCAACCACCAUUUGAGCGCGCUCCUAGCCAUAGGCCUAGGCAGACGGGCUCAGAGCGACCCUCUCCUCGCUCUCUACACCUGCAUCGCCCUGCAAAGGGUUUCUGAGGAGGCUAGGAAGGAGAUGGGGGCGGGGCACCGGGCGGCCCUAGAGCACCUGGUCCACGUGGAGAGGCUUGUGCGUCGCAUCCGGGCAGCCCGGGCAGCGAAGGAAAAAGCCGCAGCUGAGGCAGCAGCAGAAGCCAUGGAGGCCGGCCUGAGUGGGAAACAAGCAAAGGCAAGCAGGAAGAGCACUGGUCGGAAGAGUACAGUCUCUGUGACAGGGAAGAGGAGAAGCGUCGCUGCCACCCCUGCAGCGUAUGAGUACGAGAGUGAAGAGGACGAAGCGGGCGUGGAGAGUGUGGAUGUGAGGGAGGAGGAAGAGGAGCAUUUGGGUGAUGGAAGGGAGGAUAAAAUGGGGGAGGAGCUGGGGACGGCAGUGACAGCAGACGCGCAGCUAGAGGCGCUGCAGGAGCAGGUGGAGGGGGAGAUAGUGGCCAUGGAAAAGGGGCUGGAGAGGAGGCGGGGCGAGGGGAGGGAGUACCUGGUGGGGCGGGUGGCGUGGUUUGUCUCGGCGCUGUGCCGGCGGCCUCAGGCGUUUGCAGCGAGUCAGGGCGUGUAUGUGUGUGCGGUGCUCUCGCUGUCCAAGCUCAUGGCCAUCGACAGCCACUUCUGCGAGUCCCACCUGCAGCUGCUCUUCACACUCCUCCGCACCCAUCCGCACCCCUCAGUGCGCGCCAACGCCAUGGUGGCUCUGGGAGACCUGGCUCUGCGCUGCCCCAACCUGCUGCAGCCGUGGACGCCCCAUGCGUACACCGCUCUCAGCGAUGGGGAUGCCUUUGUGCGCAGGCAGGCGCUGCUGGUGCUCUCCCAUCUCAUUCUCAACGACAUGAUGAAGGGCCCUGGGCGAUCUGGCCUUGCGCUGCCCCAACCUGCUGCAGCCAUGGACGCCCCACGCGUACACCGCUCUCAGCGAUGGGGAUGCCUUUGUGAGGCGGCAGGAGCUCCUGGUCCUCUCGCACCUCAUCCUCAACGAUAUGAUGAAGACCUGGCUCUGCGCUGCCCCAACCUGCUGCAGCCGUGGACACCGCAUGCGUACACCGCUCUGAGCGAUGGGGAUGCCUUUGUGAGGCGGCAGGCGCUCCUGGUCCUCUCGCACCUCAUUCUCUACGACAUGAUGAAGGUGAAUUGUCAUCGCAGUUGUGGUCUCAUAUGCUCUGUUCUUGGGGGCACAUCAGCAGCUUGGCGGUGUGUCUGGAGGACCCAGAGCUGCUCUCAUAUCUCCUCUCAUACCCCCCUGUUUCACUCCCGUUUCUCCCUACCCCGUUCCCACUCCCCUCCACGUCAGGUGAAGGGGCACAUCAGCAGCCUGGCGGUGUGUCUGGAGGACCCAGAGCCGCGCAACGCUGACCUCGCCCGCCUCUUCUUCCACGAGCUCUCCAAAAAGGGCUCCUCACUGGUCUACAAUCUCCUCCCUGACAUGCUGAGCCACAUGGCAGUGAACCCGCGCCUGUCAGAGCCCUCGCUGCACGCCAUCCUGCGCUUCCUCAUCGCCUUCAUAGACAAGGACAAGCAGCGCGAGGGGCUCAUUGACAAGCUCUGCCACCGCUUCACCAACGCCCACCCCGCCUCCUCCUCGGCUGCUGCGCCUACUACUGCUGCUUCUGCUGCUGCUUCUACCAACGUGAGUGGUGGUGCUGGUGAAGAGGGGGAAGUGGGAGAGUUUACGGAGUGUGAUAGUGGCGUGGAGGAGAGUCAGGGGGGGAGUGAGGAGGAGGAUGAAGAGGUGGAGGAGGUGGGGGAGGAAAGUGCUGGGGAGGAGGAGGCAGUUGGUACGCAGGAGGCAGAGGGCGAAGAGGAGGAAGGAAGAGUGAUGAGUGUGAGGAGGAGGAGCCGUGGUGGUACUGGAGCGAGGAGCAGUAUGAGUAGCAGGGAGGUUUUGAAGGGGGCAGGGAGGGUGCAGUGUGGGGCAAAGGAGGAAGUGGAGAGGACAGAAAGUGGAAGCAGCAGCGGGAGGAAGAGCAGGAGCAACAUGAAGGGUGGGAGGGCUGGGGGAGGUGGAGGUGGUCGGAGGAGGAAGCUGGUUGCAUGGAGUAGCAGUGAGGAGGAGAGUGGGGAAGAAGAUGUGGAGGAGAGUGGAGAAACGAGUGGGGAGGAAGAGGAGGAGGUGGUGGUGCAGCGCAGUGCAGGGCGUAGGGGGCAGGGAAGGAAUCAGAGGAGGGCAAGUGAGCCGAAGGAAGCAGAGGAAUCAGAGGAAGGAGAGGGAGCAGAGGUAGAGGAGGUAGAGGAGGUAGAGGAGGAGAGUGAGGGUGUUGAGGAAGUAAAUGACAGUGAGGAGGAGGGGGGUGAAGUGGAAGGGAGUGAAGAGGAGAGGAGUGAGGGAGGAGAGGAGGAGAGUGAGGUGGAUGUUGAGGAAGUUAGUGAGGAGGAAGGAGCCAAGGAGGAUGUGGAGGGAUAUGAGGAGGACGAGGAGGAGGGAGGGGAAGAAGGGGAGGAGGAUGACGACAGAGAUGUUGUGGCGGACAAGAGCCAGGCGUUUCAGGUUGAACUGAGGCCUGUUGGGGAGAGGAAGCUUCCUUGCAGGCAGGGGGGCAGUGAGGAGAGAAACGGCGGGAUAGAGAACGUUGUCUUGAGGCCAAACAGGCGGGCUGCACUGCUUGGGAGUGAGAGUGAGAGUGAAGGGGAGGUGGAGAUGUGUGGGAGGAAGUCACUUGGAAGGAGGAAGCCUGCCACUCCAAGGAACCCAUUGCGCCCAAUUGCUAACAAGAACUGA